CAAUUUCAGUCAUCCGCUUGUUUUCUUCAGAUCGCAGGUUUUGGCGGCAUAAAUCAUGGUGGAUCUAAUGGAAUUGCCAAAGUCUCGCGUCAAUGCCACCAUGCUAGCUCAGUUCAUAGACCGGCCAGUCUGCUUCGUCGGAAGGCUGGAAAAGAUUCAUCCCACUGGAAAAAUGUUUAUUCUGUCAGAUGGAGAAGGAAAAAAUGGAACCAUUGAGUUGAUGGAGCCACUCGAUGAAGAAAUCUCUGGUAUAGUGGAAGUAGUUGGAAGAGUAACAGCCAAGGCAACCAUCAUGUGUACAUCUUAUGUCCAGUUUAAAGAAGAUAGCAGUCCUUUUGAUCUUGGACUUUACAACGAAGCUGUGAAAAUUAUCCAUGAGUUCCCUCAGUUUUUUCCUUUAGGGAUUAUGCAACAUGAUUGAUCUUAAUGAAUUUUUUUUAUGAUUGUAAGUAAACUACAUUGAAGACUUAGAGAAGACUUCUGUGAUUUCUGAUAUUUAAUUUGUUCUUUUUAAUGUUUCAUUUACCAAACGUUAGAUAUUCUGAUUGGCAGGUUUUGAUGGAACUACUCUACUGACAGUUCUCACCUAAGUCCUUUUAUAAAAAAAAUUACCACUCCAGUUUAUGCUCAGAUAAGAUGCAAAAACAAAGCAGUUGUCUUCAGUUUAAGUUUCUAUUUUAUUAAUAAAAAUUAA